UUUAAAUUUAAUACAUUUUCGUUCUCGUGCGUCGUUUUCAUCAGUUGGCGAAAUUUUCACGCGUUUGUGUUAAAAAGUUGUUAGCAGCGCGCAUUUAAUAUCAGUUUCAGGAAACUUUUAAGGAUCGCUUUAGCAUCUGAAAAAUAAACAUCAAAUAAGAAAAAUGGUGGAUAAAAUUGAAAUGAGUUUGGAUGAUAUCAUUAAGUCAACGCGCUCACAGAAAAAACCGCAGGGUGGUCGCGGUGGGCCGGGUGGAGCUCGCCGGCCUGCUGGUCAACAGCGUUUUGGUACUGGAGGACCACGUCGUGGAGGCGGACCGGGAGCCGGCUCCCCACGUAAAGCGGGYCCCGCUAGUGGUGCCGGCGGUGUGCUCAAAGGUCGCCGCGGUGGUGGUGGCGGCGGUAGUGGCGUCAUACAGAAGCCUCGGCUCGCACGGGGUGAUGUAAACAGCGCUUGGAAACAUGAUAUGUACGAUGGUCCAAAACGAAAUAGUAGUGCUGGCAACAGUACAGGGCCAACACGUUUGAUAGUCGGCAAUUUGGACUAUGGAGUUUCAAAUACGGACAUUAAGGAGCUGUUCAACGACUUUGGACCGAUGAAGAAAGCUGCCGUGCACUAUGAUCGGUCAGGUCGCUCGUUGGGCACCGCUGAUGUUAUAUUCGAGCGUCGCUCUGAUGCCCUUAAAGCAAUCAAGCAGUAUCAUGGUGUACCCUUGGACGGUCGUCCCAUGACCAUUCAGCUUGCCGUAUCAGAUGUUGCCGCACUUACACGUCCAGUGCCCUCCGAUGAUGUGAAACGUCGUGUGGGCAACGCCGCAGGAUCGCAAUUUAAACGUGGUGGCGGCCAGGCAGGGGGUGGACCACGUCGUGGUAGUUUCCGACGCCCAGCUGGUGCAAAACCAGCUGCUGGCGGCCAACGUCGCGAGAGGAAAGCUGCUCCAACUGCUGAAGAAYUAGAUGCUGAAUUAGAUUCGUAUAUUAAUGACAUGAAGAUCUAAUUAAAUUUAGUCUGAACACUUAGCCUAAACACACAAUAUUGGACUUAAUAUUAUGGUUYAACAACAAGAACAAUUCAACGAACCGAACUUGUUCGAGAACAGCUUUAGUCAUAAUAUCUUGCAUAAUUUUUCAUUUAAAUUAUUCAUAACGCUGUUUGGGUUCGCGCAUUAAAUGAUUUGUUAAAUAUCUCGAUGUGGCGCCCUUCUAGUUAAUAAUUCAUAAAUACAUACUGAUUGAUGUAUUUAUUCGUAAACUAAUUUUACUUCAUAAAAACACAUUGACACAACGGUCAUAAUAAUUGUAUAAUCAGGUAUAAUAAAUAUUAGAUAUAAUAC